UUGAAAACAUGUGUAAUGUAACUUUCGUGUUAAACACAGUUUCUGCGUCGUGGUUAAUGGAAUAAUUCUGAGUCAAAUCUGACACAUUUGUGCCAGAUCCCAGAUCGUUUCGCCCCGCAAUCGCCAAUGAAAUUGAGAAAUGAAAAGUUUGUAGUGUCGAAAACGUAAAAAUCAUGGAGGUUGAUUACUUAAUCGCCUAUUUCGCUUAAAAAUCGGGCCGAAAACAUCCCUCAAUCGCAAACCAAAUGAAAAUCUUUCCAUUUCACGCAACGGGUGGUGCCGGUUUUGUUAGUGCUGUUGAGAGGCCGUGCGUGUUGAACUAUCUAAAGUCUUCAUCCAUUGGUGUCCAGGACAAGAGCGACUCGAUGGACGGAGCAAGUUCCUCAGGAGGCGGCCAGCUGAGGGACGUGCUGCCGAACUUGAGCAAAUCCAAGUUCUACGAUCAAGCAAAGCAGCUCCCUCCCGGCGACCCUGCGUCCGCGUCCACCAGCAAGUCCAGCGGCCCAGUCAAUUACUCUGCCCUGUUGGUGAAUCCGAAGCAGAAGGGCAACCCUUUGCUGAAGCACAUCACAAGCGUGGCGUGGCAGUUCGAGGAGGGCAUCGCUGCCGACUACCAGCCGACGCGGACGGCGGGCAUUCUCUUCCUGAGCAUGCAGUACCACAACCUGAACCCUGAGUACCUGCACGAGCGCAUCAAGGGCAUCAGCAACAUGUACGAUUUGCGGGUGUUGCUGGUGCAGGUGGACUUCGCCAACAGCGAGCCGCUGCUGCGCACGCUGAACCGCAUCUGCCUGCUGGCGCAGAUGACCCUGGUGCUGGCGUGGUCGGCCGAGCAGGCGGGAAAGAUCGUCGAGACGUACAAGAUGUACGAGAACAAGCCGCCGGACAUGAUCAUGGAGCGCAACGCCGACGAGCCCUACUUCCAGAUGGUGAAGGCGCUGUGCUGCGUGCCCAGCGUCAAUCGCGCCGACGCCGUCACCCUGCUCAGCGUCUUCGGCUCUCUUGAGAAGAUCGCCAAGGCGCCGCUCGAGAAGCUGGAGUUGUGUCCUGGCUUUGGUCCGGCCAAGGCCGAGAGGCUCUGGAGGGCCCUGCGCAAGCCUUUCCUGCGCCUGGGUGUUACGCAGGAAGAUGCGUUGAAAGCCGCUGAGGAGGAGGAAGGGGAUGAUGAAGAGGAAGACUUGAAUGACUAUGAUGGUUGAAC